GACUUCUUACACUUUCACAUCAUUUCAAGGCCCAGAUCGAUCAUAGGAGGCUUGGGGACGACCUGUAGUCUAGCGACUAUUGACGGCCAGAACACUUUCAUCAUCUCAAAAUCCCACCAUCUCCCCUUCACCUACUUCUCACAACAAUCACGCCUUCUUUUCUGGUCAAGCGACUAGCAUUACAAAACACCAAGAGUCAGACAGGGAACCUAACCCCACGGCCAACAUGUCCAGCAUGACGAUCGAUUUCACAAAGGGAUUCAUCGCGCUCGUCUGCGUGGUCCUUUACGUCCUCGCCUACCUGGCUCGUCUUGUCGACAACUUCAAAAAGGGUCUUGUCUGCCAAACCCCGAACCUGCCUCUGCCCCCUUUUCUCAAGGGCUCCGAGGAUAUCGAGCUAUGGGACGCGUUUCUUCUCAACUAUCUCAACUUCUACGGUCUUUCAGUUCAUCUCAAGGACGACGUCCGCGAGCCUCUGCUCGGACCUGCCCGCGACGACUGGAAGAAGCAGAGAGCCAGAGUCAACUACAUCCUGCUUAGCACCCUCACCGACCCGGAUGUCAUCGUCACUUUGAAGCUGUACAACUGGAACAUCAGGGAGGAGGACCCCAAGGUCACGUAUAAUCUUGCCAAGCGCGUCUUCACCCACGGCGCUGGCAAUGACAACUGCGGAAAACUCUUUAGCGACUUCGUUGCUCUCAGGAGGGAUCAGUGUGGCUCCAUGGGUGAGUACCUUCAGCGUCUCCAGUCUCUCAGGGACCAGCUCCAUGAAGAGAGCUGGAAGUUUGACCCCGACUUUGGACUCACCACGGUUCUUGACGCUUGUGGCAUGAAGGAGAACUAUCCGGACUUGCAUGCAAAGUUACUCGAGGAAUGGACCCAGAACCGCCUCACUUGGGAGGAUCUCAUGAAGGAUCUGAGGACGAUAUACUUCCAGGAGCGCACCAAAAAGCGGUCGCUUAUUUGAGAGCUUCUUUCGAAACAUUUGCACGUUAUCGUCGAGACUUCACAUCUUUCCCAGUCGGCAAGAUAUCACGAGAUGUUUGGAAAGUCAAUGACUGUAGCCAUGUCAUUACAAAAGGGUAUGAUCUGCUCUCCAUCAUGAAUUUUUCGCAGA